GGCUCCUCUCUUCCAGAUGACGACUGGCAGGAGGAACACAAACGCCUCGCUGGGCUCCAGGGCGGCACCGGGCUAGGAGCAGGGCUGGGGGGAGGAGGGGGAAUGGGAGGAGAAUCAGAUUUGGGAGAAGCCUUUGAUUCCCAUCUCCAUUCCUCUGCGGGCCAACUCCCCCUUCCACCUUCCCUUAAAUUCUCCUUAUCUUCCUCUGGACUGCCUCCACCAGAUUUGGAGGAUCGAGCAGGGGAAGGGGGCUUGGCUGAGUCCCUGGCCAGACUCAUCCUGGAGGCUGAUCCAGCCAUCGCUGGGGUAGGAGCAGCUGCUCCUCCCCCCAGCUCUUCAGGAUCCAGCCUAUCUGCUUUGCAGGGCCUGGAACAACCAAUGGUCCUGCCCCAGCCCUCCUCCAUUCCACAUCUCAAUCAACUACACCAGCAUCCCCAUCACCCCCAGCACCAGCUGCCUCCUGGGCCCUCCUCAGGUUAGAACCAAUGUAUUGGUUACAUCAGCUAUCACUCAGACAGCCAACAUAACCAUGGUCAAUUACUAGCAUAACUAUAAUAUAUAUUUUUAUUUUAUAAAUUAGAAUGCUUAUCUAUCCCCACUAAAACAUAAAGCAUUUGUUCGGUUAAUUUAUAUUCUGGGCUAUUUUGCCCUUAUCUAUAGAACGGCUUAAAGGUAAUCUAUUAUGCAAAAUGCAAUUUUGUAUGUCUUUUAUACAUAAAUGUGUG